GGAUAGCCCUGGGGUGUUUUCCUUUUGCACAACGAGAUGUCAAUUUUUGUCUCCCAAUCCAACAGAAUCGCUGAUGAAUUUGACUUAGAUUCUCUUUUUUGAUUCUUUCUCAAUGCGUGAUGCUGUUGUUCUGUUUCCGUUGGAAACUGUGUCUUUUUGACCAGGUACUAUUACAGAUCUAGGUUAUGUGAUAGCUUCUCUUGUGGGCUGUGUCAUCCUGCUCUUAUGAUAGAUUGAUUGAUUGAAUAUUUUAUCCGAGAAAAAUACCAUUCUUAUCUGGCGCGUUGCGAGUGUUUUUGCUGUAGAUGUGCGGUUUUAAAGCUGACCAGAUUGCAACGUUUAUCGGCCCGAAGUUCGUCUUUACUCAUCGUCGCUUAUCUCGCACCAUGCGACUGAAGAAGUAAAAUAAAGUUGAAAAAUAUCCAACGUAAUACCCAUUUCUGACCAGCUCUUUCGACGCCUCUAGUCAAAUAACCUUGUCGAAGUUUUCGAAGACUGUUAUUAAUUACGGUUUGGAUACUUUAAGGACGAUUCUCAUAACUGAUCAAACUUGUCCUUUUUCUUUGUUAAUGGUCUCUGUUUGCAAACCCAGUUAGCCUUACUUUCGUUGACUUACUGAGUUUAACUUUCGGUUCCUUUCGUGUGUUCAAUUAUCUUUGAACAUUUCAUUCUUUUGGAGUUUUAAACCAAGAUAGUUUCAAAAGUACAACUCUUUCACUUUGAAAACGAUCUCUUUAUCUGCUUUGAUGAAAAUUAUUUUACGCGGUAUUUAACGCAUGUUUUAUUAUCAACUUUUCGAACUUAGUUGAUAUGAUUUUCUUUGAAGCUUAGUUUUGAAAUAUAAUAGCCUCUUCAUAUUAUAGCUGUUACAAAUUGUAUUCAAAAUGACAACUCCCAAUUACCCUAGCAAUACAAGUCGUAGCGCCGUUACUUCCGGCGGCGAUAAAUUCCAAGUUUACCUUCUGGACGGGCACCCUAUUGAAGUGAGAGCGCGUCGCAAAGCGAAGGGAGAUGACCUUCUGCAAGAGGUGUUCAACAGUAUGAAUCCGCCUCUGGAGGAGCGCGACUACUUCAGUCUGACAUUCGACACUCUGGACGACAAGGAGCCGAUUGCGUGGCUGGACAGGGGCAAAAGUGUGGACAAGCAGAUGAAGAAGGCCGCCAACCCUGCGUUCGCUAUGAAUGUCAAGUUCUUCCCCCCAGAUCCCACCACUCUGAUGGAGUACACGAGGUACCUGUUCUACUUGCAGAUCAGAGACGACGUCGCAAAGGGCAAAUUGCCUUGCUCAAUGUCAACCCUCGCACUGCUAGGAUCCUUCGUCUGCCAAGCGGAUCAAGGUGACUACACAGCAGACAUGGACCUCGGUUGUCUACAGGAGUUGCCGCUCUAUGCUCCCAAUGUUACCAAUGCUGACAGUCCCAUCCUGUUGGACCGUAUCUUGACACUGUACAGAACUCACAGAGGCAUGACUACUGCUGAGGCGGAAAUGAAUUAUCUGGAGGUGGCGAAGAAACUGACUUUGUAUGGCGUGACCUUGAAACCGUGCACCGAUGCAGCAGGCGUUCGACUGUUCCUAGGAGUGAACUCUAGCGGAGUCUUGGUGUUCCGAGAUCAACUGAGACUGAACCGAUUUGCAUGGGCAAAAAUUAUUAAGAUAUCCUACAAGAAAAUGGAGUUCUCGGUCAAUUUGGUACCUGGAGACUACGAAGGAGUUGAGAGGACUAUAGUGUUUAAAAUGGAUAGUCAAAAAGAAGCGAAAAGCUUCUGGAAGAUCUGCAUCGAGCAUCAUCAGUUCUUCAGACUGCUCUCGGCUAACCCAAAACCGAGAAAGAUUCCGUUCGCUACAUCGCACCCGACUCUAGUCGGUCAAACUGAGUACGAGAUCAAGAAGUCGGCAACACUGAACAGAGGUGACACUUUCCCGAGAAACACUCUGAACGCCAGACGAACGCAGACGCUUCCAGCGGUGCAUCAUCAGUCGGGAAUAAGAGCUCCGCCAAGUCCUCAAAGUGGCGAGUACGAGCCUAGACGACACGAGAACUUACAGCAACAGUUGAAUAAUGGGAACUCACUUGUGAAUGGGACUACUGUUGACGAACCAGCUGAACAUGGUUUGAAUCAUCUGUAUUCUGUUCCCCAGCGAGUAGUAGACGAGACAUCGGAUAACCCAGCCUAUUCACACUCGAGGGUUCAUUCAAUGAGCGAUCACCAGUACUCGAAUAAUGGAGACAUAGUGCAACAUGCAACUGUUACAACCACAGUCAAGACUUCUAUCCGCAUGCCGCCCUCGCAGCCCCCUCCCAGGGUAGUGACCAGUGCACCCACACCAGACUCCCCGACCUCUGAAAUAUCCGGUUCGAAUCCCGCGCGGAGUCCCGCUCCACUGAACACUGAGGCACAACAAGUGAAUGGUCACGCGGCGAGAUCUCCCGGAUCCCCUUCUGAUGUCACCUCAGAUUCGGAGGCCGGCGAGGAGGAACUGAAUGCCCCACUGAUGCAGGAGGGACUUGUUCCUGCUGGGGUGACUUAUACCCAGACAACAGAGCAAGUGCGAACUGCGAGUCUGGUGUACCAUCACGAAACUACAGAUGCAUGAGCUUAUAACUCAAUCGAGAACAUUCGGCAAAUUAUGCACGUGACUGGAUAAAGAUAUGCACUUUUUGGGGACUGUCAAUGUAAAGCGAAAGCGUUGUGAAUUAAUUUGAUGCUGAGGUUGAGCAAAAAAUAGGAACAAAAGGGAACUCAAAGAGUGAGCGAAAUCUUAGUUAAAGUAAUUUAAAAUCUUCCCAAUCAUCCUGUAGUCUAACUAAAAGACAAUUCAACGGUAACGUUCUUUGAUAUUUUUGCAAUUAUUUGCGGCUAUUUUUGAAAAGCUAGAAAAAUUAAUCUUCUGGGAUAUGAAUAGGAUGGCAAUUAUCAGUAGUUAUACAAUUAUUUCACAACUAAGCUUUGGUUUGAAAGUUCGAAGACUUGCUCCUGUUAAAAAGGAUCUGCUUUAUUUGAAACUUUCACUUUAGGGUUUGCUUGGAUCUUCCUUUCUCACACGGAUAAAUGCGAAGCUUUCUUCCUAAUAGAAUCCUGCAGUAUUUUCGUAAUCUAGUUUGGAUUUCAUUUCGUAUCUCGGUAGAGAAAUUUGUUUGUAAAGUAGCUUGGCCGCAAGUCAAAUGAAGCUAACUAAAUUGUUAAGUUUCAUUUCUGCAAACUGCCAAAAUUUUGUGCUGUUUGACUUGUGGCUCAAAAAUCUAUCGCGUUAUUUUGUAAUUGAAAUAAAUAAAUUAAUUCUAUAUCUUCCCUUUCACCCACCUGAAAGUAAAUAUUUCUCAUCUUUUGUAGACUGAUUGAUUGUAUACAUUCAUUCCUUCGGCGAUGAUAUAUAUGGUAAUUCGAUGAGACAGCCGUGCAUGUUUAACUGCUGUAGACAAAAACUGAGAUCCACUGAAAUUGCAAAAUUACAUCUGAGUCAAUACUUUUCUACAUGUUUUUGAAUAAAAAUUUGAAAUUUC